ACGAGGAAACAAAAACAAAAACAAAGCAACCCUCGUUCUCUUCCCCUUUUCUCUCUUCAUAUCUUUUUGUCUUUAUCUUUACGUUUUCUAAUUUUCUUUUCUUAUAUACAUUUUAAUAAAUCGUAAAAAAAUGGGUUCGAGUAAACUUAAACGAGCCAUAGGAGCCGUGAAGGACCAAACCAGCGUCGGUCUAGCCAAAGUCAACGGCCGAAGCUCUUCUCUAUCAGAGCUUGACGUAGCCAUCGUCAAAGCUACUCGUCACGAAGAGUAUCCAGCAGAAGAGAAAUACAUAAGAGAGAUUCUUAGCCUAACUUCUUACUCACGCAACUACAUCAACGCAUGCGUCAACACGCUUUCUAGACGCCUCAACAAAACCAAAUGCUGGACCGUCGCUCUCAAAACCUUGAUUCUGAUCCAACGGCUAUUAGCAGAAGGAGAUAAGGCUUACGAGCAAGAGAUCUUCUUCGCUACUCGACGUGGGACAAGACUUCUCAACAUGUCUGACUUUAGAGAUGUUUCUAGGUCAAACUCGUGGGACUACUCUGCUUUUGUAAGGACGUAUGCAUUGUACCUCGACGAAAGGCUUGAUUUUAGGAUGCAAACGAGGCACGGGAAACGUGGGGUUUACUGCGUUGGAGGAGGAGAUGCGGUGGAAGAUGAGAAAGAUAAGCAUGAGGCUGAUCUCUCCACGGCUAUAGUGGUUAGGUCACAACCCAUCGCAGAGAUGAAAACAGAGAAGAUUUUCACCAGAGUACAGCAUUUGCAGCAGCUUCUUGACCGUUUCUUGGCUUGUCGUCCAACAGGUGGCGCGAGGAACAACAGAGUUGUGAUUGUGGCUCUGUAUCCUAUAGUGAAGGAGAGCUUCCAGAUAUAUUACGAUAUAACUGAGAUAAUGGGGGUUUUAAUCGAACGGUUCAUGGAGUUAGACAUACCUGAUUCGAUCAAGGUCUAUGACAUUUUCUGCCGCGUCUCUAAACAGUUUGAAGAGCUAGAUCAGUUCUAUUCCUGGUGUAAGAACAUGGGGAUCGCUAGGUCUUCAGAGUACCCUGAGAUAGAGAAGAUCACACAGAAGAAGCUUGAUCUCAUGGAUGAGUUUAUAAAAGACAAAUCCACUUUAGACCAGACCAAGGAAUCACAGUCUGUUGAAGAGGAUGAUGAUGAGAGAGCAGAGGAAGUGAACGAGGAGGAAGAAGAUAUGAAUGCUAUCAAGGCCUUACCUGCACCUCCACCAAAAGAAGAGGAAGAGGAAGAAGAACAACCCGAGGAGGAAGUGAUAAUAGAGAAGAAGCAAGAAGAAGUUGGUGAUUUGCUGGAUCUUGUGGAUAUAAACGGUAAUGAAGCUUUAGAAGCUGGAGAUAGCUUAGCAUUGGCUUUAUUCGAUGGCCCUUACGCGAGCGGUUCGGGUGCAGAGACCGGUCCUGGAUGGGAAGCGUUUAAUGAUGAUGGAGCAGAUUGGGAGACAGCUUUGGUGCAAACCGCUACAAAAUUAUCAGGACAAAAGACGGAACUCGGAGGAGGCUUUGAUAUGUUGCUUCUCAACGGAAUGUAUCAGCACGGCACUGUGAACGCUGCUGUGCAAACCUCCACGGCUUAUGGAGCUAGCGGAAGUGCAAGCAGUAUGGCAUUUGGUUCUGCAGGAAGACCAGCAGCAACCAUGCUGGCACUUCCAGCACCAGCAACGGCUAAUGGAAACAGCAAUGGCACUGUACCGAUGGAUCCAUUUGCUGCGUCCUUGGAGGUUGCGCCGCCAGCGUAUGUGCAGAUGAAUGACAUGGAGAAGAAACAGAGAAAGUUGAUGGAAGAGCAGAUGAUGUGGGAUCAAUACUCAAGAGAAGGAAGACAAGGACACAUGAAUUUAAGCCAAAACCAAAACAAACCUAGUUACUCCUACACACCUCAAUAUUGAUUAUGCAUCAUGGAAGGAGUUCUUCUUUAGUUGUGUCAGCCUUUUUUUUUGGGUUUAUUCUUUUUGCAAAUUCAAACAUUUCUUCUGUUCUUGGGUCAGAUUCAUUGGGGGCAUAUAAGAGGUUUGCUUCUGUAAUUAUUGUAAUCUCUGAUGUAACUUUAUAAGACAAACUUAAAUACUG